GGGCGCUGGCCGUGCUGCCCGCCGUGCUGCUGGCGCUGGCGCUGCCCGGCCGGGCGCAGAACGACACGGAGCCCAUCGUGCUGGAGGGGAAAUGCCUGGUGGUUUGCGACUCCAACCCGGCCACGGACGGCAAGGGCUCGUCGUCCUCCCCGCUGGGCAUCUCGGUGCGGGCGGCCAACUCCAAGGUGGCUUUCUCGGCCGUGCGCAGCACCAACCACGAGCCCUCGGAGAUGAGCAACAAGACCAGGAUCAUCUACUUCGACCAGAUCCUAGUAAAUGUGGGCAAUUUUUUCACGUUGGAGUCUGUCUUUGUAGCACCAAGAAAAGGAAUUUACAGUUUCAGUUUUCAUGUAAUUAAAGUCUAUCAAAGUCAAACAAUCCAGGUUAAUUUGAUGCUAAAUGGAAAACCUGUCAUUUCUGCUUUUGCUGGGGACAAAGAUGUUACUCGUGAAGCUGCUACGAAUGGAGUCCUGCUCUAUCUAGACAAGGAGGAUAAGGUUUACCUGAAACUAGAGAAAGGUGUGGACCAAACAUUGCCUUUGUUACAUGAAGAUCAUUUUAUCAUCAUUGGAUUGAUGUUUCUUUAUUGGUUUCUCAUGGGUGAAUAUGGAUUCUAUUUAUGGAUUUUGGCCCUAUCUGAACUACUCCGAAGUUUCAAAGAAUUUUGUGUGUUGAAAUACAGUAUAUUUGGAUUGAGACUUAAAGCAGACAAUAAGUAUCUAUGCUUAAUGUUACAGUCUAAAGCUGCCUGCAAGAUUUAUUCGGUUUUCAUUUACUGGACUUAUUGGAUUCAUGGGAGAAGUGGAUUUUCCUUUGUUUUAAAAAGACUGGCAACCAGGUCUAUAAUUUAGGAGAUUUUGAGUUCAGACUUCAAUCAAGAGUUAGUGUGUUGCUGCCAAAGAACUGUAUAUUGAUAUAUUGGUUAUACAUGUUUUUGUUCAUUUGGACUUAAUUGACAUAAUUUAUUCCAUUGUCUUGAGAAAGGUAAUCAUUAUUGAUAAGUGAGUGACUUUAUUUCUCCUCUGUGUGUAGUGUGCUUGAUGGUUCACCUAUAUAGUUACUCUCCAUCAAUGAUCACGAUGGAGACUAGACAACUGAAAGCUAAAAGGUCAUGGUUAUGUUUUAAUUGGACCUGUAAGGCAUUCAUAUUUUCCAUAUGGUAUUUUCUAAUAACAAGAGCAUUAUAACACUAAAAAAAAAAUCUUAUCAGGGUUAAAAGUGAUCAGUCUGGCACAACUCUGCAAAACAGCUUUGCCCUGCAGGAAAUCUCACACUUGUUCUUCAACUUUAAUUAACAUGAUUGAUAAUAACCACUUUAUUAAAAACCUGUGGGAUUCCUUCUGUAGACAUAACCACUUUAUUAGCUGGAGAUGAGUCCCCAUGUUUGUAAUUAUGUCUAUUUUUCAAACCUUCUGUUGUGUUAAAGGUAUCAUCUGGUUUUGCCUUAACUUCACAAAUGUAUAUAAUUAUAGAUCAUCUGUUUAGCAAAUAGUAAGUCCAAAUAGCUGGUACCUAACUUGGUGCAAUAUUUUUUUUGGCUUUUUGUACAGGUCAUAUGAAUUCAUACAUUUAUUUAACAUGUCACUGUUACAUAAUAAAUGUUACUAUAUAUUAGCUGGUUUUUUUGGACCUCUGGAUUUUGGAAAUACAUCUCAUGAUAUUUUUUUAUGGGAUAAAUUAUUAUAUGCAAAGUUUCAGCUUUUUAAAUUCAUAGAAACUGUGCCAGGAGGCAGGCAACUUAUGUUAUAGUCUACUUGGGCAGAACCCUAUAGCAGUUGUGAUUAGCUAGAAAUGACUUAUGCCUUUUACUUCUGAAACACUUAGUGAAAUCCUCAUCCGAUUAAAGUGAAUGGCAAAAUUCCCAGUGACUUCACUAUAGGGUUUACUUCAAAGCCCAUUGAAGCCAAGCCAUAACUGCUGGAAUGGUUCCCACUGACUUCAAUGGUUUUUGGGCUAGACCUUUGUAGUGGGUUUUAACCAUUCAGAAUUAAAAGCCAAUGCAGUCAAACUGACUAUCAAAUGGUUUAUGGUUAUCUUAAUGGGUGUGCUAGCAAAAUUAUCCUGUAUAUCCAAAACGAAGCAUUUGCACUAAUGGAAAUUUAGGUGUUGCAUGGACUGCUGAGUCUGACUACAAUUUAGAGAUAAUAUUGAUACUCUGUGAAAAUGAGAGUAGUUGGGGCUACCUGGCAUAUUGGUCUUUUAGAUAAUGUCUGUGGAAAUCAAGGAAAGGGUCCUAUUGACUUGAACAGUUUUGAUGAUUACCCUUGUGGUAAUCUUUUGCCACCUUCUCUUUUCAGCUUUGUAUAGUAGGUCAUAUUUUUCCUAUUCCUGAUAACUGGCAUUUCAGAAAGUCAAUCAGUUGGUGGCCUGAGCCAAGUUCACUGAUGCUCUUAAAUACAAGUGGCAUUGAAUUCAGUGGCAUAAAAUUGGGUGUACAUGCAAAUGUUUGUUAAAGAAUGGAACUUAAUAUUUUGGUAAUUAUAGAUCUUGGAGGUGGGGGAGGGGGUGGAGAAGUCUGUAGGGGCCAUGGGGAGGAAGAGGUAGAAGAAGGCCAUGUUGAUGGCAAUGUUCCCAAAUCGAACUUUUUAGGUCAUAGUUCGGUAGGUAAUUGGAGCAUAUGGCCAGGUGGCAGAUGUUUUACAUCUUGUAAAAUAUGAACAUAUUUGUCAUGACAAUUAAUCAAAAUAUAUCACCAAGUGAAAACAAGUACAUAUAUUAAUUAAAAAGUAGUAAUAUGGUGCAUAAUUUGCAUGAAAUAUGGGAAUGAUAAUUGGUUUCUUUGCCCAAGGAGUUGAUUUCCAGAAAGGUAUAUACAUAAGAUCUACAAAACCUCAUCAUUAUAUAAAAAUAUGAUGGACUACACUGCAAGCAGAUUUGUGGAAGAAAUAAGGGAUAAAAAGUAGCAGUAUGUAUUUAAUAUAUUGUAAAGUGAGUUUGGUAUUUAGGUUCUAUCUCAUCUGUGAACAGCCUGGUAAAUGUAAGUGUUUUAACUUGUGAACAUAUCAUUUCUUCAGGGGUAUCUUUAGCAUUCAGCCAUGACACUAGAACAUAUUAAUGUGCUGUUGACUCCCUUUGGCAAAACAUUUCUGGCUGCUUCGGAGUCAUUAAAAUUUAGCAAGGCAGCCUGGAAGUUUAUGAACAUAUGGAGAUAUGUGUUGAUGCAACUUCCCUGAACUUUCCUUUUCAAUACUGAAUAUCUAAAUUAUGUUGCUUGAAUUGACCAAAAAAGUGCACACAAAAAAGUCAGGAAAACUACUUUAACUGCUAACUUCCUAUUUUCUAUUUGUCCACUGAAGAUUCCUAUAUCUUUAUAUGAUCUGUAAUCUCAGCAACUGACUUACCUCAAAACAAUGUCUGUAAUGGUGGGAGACGUGGGCAUCCAGGCAUAUUUCAUCUUUAAAACAUAGCAGUGAAGUUUCUAGCAGCAUGUUCAAAGUGACAGUGAAUACGGCCAGCUCUGAGAAGCCUUUUGGGUACAGUACUCAAUACAUCUUCAUCAUUUGGAAAGACCAAAGUUCUUUGAACUAAAAUCUGUGACAUGAUCAAGUUUUGCAGCUCAGUGUUAUCAAAUAUUGUUCUUGAUAACCUUACUGAGCUCUUUCCAGUAAGGUCUAUAAUAUAAUAAUAAAAUUAAUAUUAAUUAAUGAGUAAAAGACUUACAAAUAUACAAACUAGUCUAUGACAACUAGAGACCUUUAGAAUCUUUUAUUGUGUUGUUCUCUCCGCCCCAUGGCAAUGCUACAAUGUGUCUUUUUGUUUUGAUAGAACAUAAAGAAAGAUACUAAAAUGUCAACUAAUACUGAAGGUUAGUGAGUGUUUUUAAAAACCUUUGAAAAUAUUGUGUCUCAUUAAAGAUAUAAUAUAAGAUUAAAGACAGCCCUGAUGCACUACCAGGUAAAGUUUAGGGGUGCAAUUUGGACUCAGCUAAAAAUGGACUCAGUAAGGCUGAUAUUUCACCUUUCAUAUGUCUCCAAGCUGCAAAAUGUGUAUGCAUACACACACACACACACACACACACACACACACACUUCGCUAUUUGUCUCCCUACAAAAUUUAUGAAUGACUUAAGAGAAGAGGUAGGCAUUGGAGGGUACAAACCUGCGUUACAUUUAAAUCGACCUAAUCACGCUUAGGUCAAUAUAAAUGCCCAAUUGUGCAGGUGUUCAGAGGGUUUAAUUUGGCCAAAAAUGGCACGCCUGAUGUAAAUUAGUGCACCUCAGGAGGUGUGCUAAUUUAGAUUGAGAAAAGGUUAACUGAUCUAGGAGGAGAUUACUCAAAGGGCUGCAUUCAAAGCACAGUUCUGGGGCUGGGCUUACCCCAGUCCCAGUCUCCACUCUUCUCACUUGAACUAAGCUAUUUUUAGCCCCUGACCUUCCCCCUGGCGGACCUGCCAGACCCUCCUCCCACCCCAAGUUGCUUGCAUCAGGCUCCCCACACUGCUUCUGGUAGUAUGGAGUGGCUGUGCACACCCAUCCCGGUCAUGGUUUAGGUGGCUUGAAGUAAACCGCCUAAGCCUAGACUGGGUGUGGUCAAUUCUUAUUCACACCUGCAGUGUCCAAGCAAUCUUUCUGGAAUAAAGACUGAGUUACUAAUUAUGUGUGAGGUCUCAGAAUAAUAAUACCUAGCUCCUAUGUGUUACUUUUCAUUACUGGGUGUCAGAGUGCUUUACAAAGGAUGAGUAUCACUGUCCCCAUUUCACAGAUUGGAAACUUGAGGCACUGAUUAGGAACAUGUGUAGUUCAGAUCAUCUGGAUGAAUGUUGGUUUUCUAUGCUUUUACACCAGGCUUUUCCUUAAAGAAUCUCAUGGAAUCUACCAGGAAGAUCCAGGGUCACUUUUUUACACAUGCCUAAGUUAUUUAGAAGCCUAAAAAUAAAAUUUUCAAAAGUGUCCAAGUGACUUGAGGUCUCGGACCAUGAAGUCAUUUAAGACUAUUUGAAAAAGACUAUGGACAAAAUUGUCACAUAGACACCAUGUUGGCUGUCAAGUAUAAAAAUGAAAAUGAAAACCUGCUGAAAUGUAAUUCUUUAUCUAUUGCUAUUAAGAAAUAUAUUAUUUGUUAUAUUACAUUCUAGCACUUUUCAUCUUCAGAGCAUUUUACAAGUGCUAAGUAAUUUUUACCAGAUCACUAAGAGGUAGAUAGGUAAGUAUUACUACCUACAUUUUAUAACUGGGGAAACAGAGGCAGAAAGAUUCACAGAUUUGUCCAAGAGUCAAAGUUGGAAACAGAACACAGUAGCUGCUGUCACUUAGUCCUGUACUCAGUUUUCAGGACCACACCUCUUUCUGUAUUAAUUUAAUGAAAUGAAAGGCUAAUCUGAAAUUGCACCUCACAUUGGUGUAUUUCCUCUUUACAUUAUUUAGUCUAUCAUUUUUUAGAAAGCUGCAUAAGAUGCAGCAGAACAAUUGCAAAUAUACAACAAAGCUAGCAAGUAGCUAACUCUUUUUUUUUGCAAGUACAAUAAAAAGGACGCAUAUGCAGUGAAUAUAGGACUUGUUAUGUCCAGAAUUUAGGAUAGGAGAGAUGAAUGCAAGAGGCACGAUGGCAUGGAAGCUCAAGCCAUUAACAUGAAAUACAGUUUGAAGGAAGGAAACAAGACACUAUUUAUCUUUACUAUGUUUAUAAGUGUCUCUGCGUUAGUAACGUUUACCUUGGCAGUUCAUUAUAGCCGACCUCUGUAUGGUUGAACCUCUUCAUAAUAUUCAAAUGCUUUGUCUUUAAAAGACCAGUUUGAAUGGAAAGUGAAGUAUAAAUAAAUGAACAUCCCCAGUGACAGAAUUUAUGGUUUGUCACAGGGCACAGUAUCAUAUUUUUUGUGCUAUUGUGCAGAUGAAAAGAGUUCCAUUGAGAAAACACAUUUUCUUAGACACUGAGCUGAGAAGUUAUUUAUCUGUUGCUGGUUAGCUGAGAAGUUAUUUAUCUGUUGUUGGUUAGCACUGAGAAGAAAAAAAAUCCUUCCUACCCUAAAGCACUAAGGGAAACGCAUACAAAGAAGGAUGAUAAAAUCAGCUGCUAUUAUAUAAGUGAUGAUGAGAAUAAUGGAAAUCUGGUCUGAAUAGUCUGUUUAGUGAAAGCUGUGAUCUAAGGCAUUUCAUAGUUUGGGGGAGGGAAAAAGCUGGUUGCAUCUUUUUCUUUUCUCCUUUUUUUUUUGCAAGUAUGUUUUUUUUUUCUCCUUUGCCUUGUGGUUCAGCUUAGCAGUAAAAGCUUGUGUUCAAAAUGAGCUAAAUCUUCAGAAAACUUUCAGUUCUGGAGGAAAAUGGAGUGAAUCUUUUUACUUGUAUUUGAUAUGGGAAAGAAGUAGGGGUGGGGGUGGGGAGGGAAGAACCAGCAAAAAAUCAAAAGUUUAUACCCUGCAACUUGAGUUAACCUAAACACAUUCUUGACCUAUCCUCAAAUAUGGUAGGUUGCCUAGAUCUACAUAAAUAUGUAUGCUGAAUAUUUUUCUACAGUGAAUGAUGUAAUGAUGUAUCCCUUUAAGUCCACUGUAUUGUAAUGUGAGAACUCCAGAAUUACUUGAAGGAAGUACCUGUAAAAGAGUGGAGUAAAAGAAGUGCUGGAGAUCUGCAAAUAAAAGAGCUUUAACCCUGUA